CAGGAAGCAUAGAUGCUUGGUUAGUUUCCUGCGCUGCUCGGGUGUUGCGUCCUGGCAGUUAGAUGGGCCUAGUCUGACGCGACUGACGUCUCUGAGAGCUGUUACACUAUGUCAGAGAAUGAGCCGCUUCUUCAGGCGUUCUGGAGCGAGGUGGACUCAAACGAGAUUAGUUCUGACACAUUUGCCUGCGCCACAGCAGAGCAGCUUCAGCAGCUCUACCCUAACCAGCUCUUACAAUUCCUCAAGCACCAUGGCGUCAAGAAGCUUGGCUCGGCGCGCGUGCCGGCCUCGGAGCUGCAGAGGCUGGGCCUGGGGCCGCGCUCACGCACGCUAAUGCUCACACGCGGCAGCGACACCCUCACCCUGGACUGGAAAGCGGACUGGGGCGUGACGCCACUGCCUGAGGAGGGCUCUGACACCGGAGCUGAAACAGAUCACGGCAAUGACGCUGUUCGCAGAGCCCUGUCCGGCUCUGCGACCGGCGCUGCCGCGCACACGGCGCCGCCAGCUGUGGUGGUCGCGGUGCCACACACCGGACCGGCCCAACACCAACACCCGCAGCGACACAGUCGCGAUGACCAGGAGGCAGGGCCAAGCCGGGGGAGCGGCGACGCAAGCAGUCGGGGAAAGAGCCUGUGGGGCCAACUCAGGGCGAUGCAGGCGUGUGGGCACCUCGCCGGCCAGGGCAGCUGCGCACACCACGACGCGCAGCCGCGCCCGCCCGCGCUGCCGCCGCCGCCCACGGUGGUGCUGGAGGCGUACGUGGUGGCGGUGCGGGACGCGGCGGCGGCGGGCGAGCGCGGCAUCCUGCGGCCGGUGCUGCGGCGCUGGCAGCUGGGCAGCUGCUCGGCCGGCGCGUUCGGACUGCCCGCGGUACAGGCCAUUGUGAGCUACAAGUGGGGCAAGUUCGCGGGUGCGCUACUGGCCAAGCAGCUCGCCGCCUACGGCCUGUGGCUGGGCGCCUUCACCGGCUUCAUGCUGCUGUUCACGUCGGACGACGCCGCGGUCACGGACUUCGAGCUGCUCAGCACAUGGCAGGGCCGGGCCGCGUGUGUGUGCGAGGCGCUGGCGCUGCUGGGCAUGUUGCCGUUCCUGCUGGGCGAGGUGGCGCUGCUGUGGGCGUACGGCUUAUGGAACUGGCUCAGCGCCUGGAACCUGCUGGACGCGACCACCUACGGCUUGCAGAUCACCAUCACGGUGCUGCACCUGGGCGUGUUCACGGACGGGCCCUGGCGCCUGACGCUGGCGGUGGCGGUGCAGGCGGUGCUGCUGGCGGUGCGGCUGACCUACUUCAGCCGCGUGUUCAGGUCCACCACAUUCGACUUCAUGGGCGCACUACAGGCCGUGGCUCGCGAGGUGGGCAGCUACCUGGGUGUGCUGCUGCUGCUCAUGUGCGGCUUCGCGGCGGCCUUCUACACCGUGUUCCGAGACGACCAGGCCACAGAGGGCGCCUUCAAUUCGCUGCCGGUCAGCUUCAUCACCAUGAUCAACUACGCGAUUAGUGGAGCAAGCUAUUACAUGCACAACUUCCUGUCUAGCAACUCCCCGGCGGUGGCCAUCGGGUUGAUCAUGGUUUAUCAGGUGCUGGUGUCCAUGAUCCUGAUGGGCCUGCUGACGGGUAUCAUGACAAACGCGCUGUCGCGGGCCCAGCUGCAGGAGGCAGUCACCACCAUACUCAAGCGCGCACAGGUCAUUGACGAGCUGGAGGCGGUGCUGCCCUUCACGCUGCUGGCCCUCACGGCCGUGCGGCGGCGCGGCCCGGGCGCCGUACACACACUGCCGUACAUCCACGUGCUCCGCGUGGACCCACACAGCCGGGACGAGGAGGGCGCCGACGUGUGGCCGGCGGCGGCGGCGCAGCUGGGCGUGGUCGGGCCGGGAGUGGCGGCGGGCGGCGGCGACGCCAGUGUUGGGGGUGGAGGCGGCAGCGUGCGGGGCUCGUCGCCGCCCAGGCCUCGCGAGCCCAACGAUGCCCUGCCACGGCCCGUCUCCUCGGCAGCCAGCUUGGGCGUGGCGGGCGCUGACGGUGCUGUUGAGCGGCUGGAGGGUCAGGUGCGGGUGCUGGAGGGGCAGCUGGCGGAGGUGCGGGGGGCGCUGCAGCAACUGCUGGAGCUCAACAGCGGCAUGCGGGACAUGCUGAUGCGGGCGGGGCAGGCGCAGGGGCAGGCGCAGGGGCAGGGGGUGUAGCAAGCGCAGGGGCAGCAGAACGGCGGCGGGACGAGCAAGUGAGGCAGGUCGGAACUAGCAAUGUGUGGGGUGUUGGCGACUGGAUAGUGUGUGCAACGCGGGACAGAGGGGCAAGGGCGGAGACUCGUGUCACAGGCUUGGGUUGGGGCCCUUGGCUAUGACGUGUGGCGAACUUGCCAUCAGUCACGCUAGCAUUUGGCAAUGCCUACUUCAAUAGCGGGGGAUGCCUUGCGACGGCCAUGUUGAGGCACCGAACCUACACGUGACAGCUGCAAGACGCGUCAGGGGGCGUGUGUGGGAUGCGUGCGGGAGGGUGUGGGUACUGUGACGAGGGGCGUGCACGUUGAAGCGGAAUGGGCAGGCAUGCAAAAGGGCGGGCCUGACCCUUGCUGGCGAAUUCCAGUACAAGCAAGAGCGGAGGGUCAAGGGUAUUACAGAGGGCGUGCACGUGCUCACGACUGGUCCAGGAGUGUUUCAGGACCUGAUGCCGCGGGCUGGGAUCGGCUGGGAUGUGGAAGUGCCGGCGUGUGCGAGUGAAAGGCAGGUUGGUGAAGUCCCGUAGGGUGCAGCUGAUUCCAAGAACCCAGCAGAUGGUAGACAAUUUGCAACGGCAGGUCAGGAGUGCGCGGCCGGGAUAUGGAAGUGCCGGCGUGUGCGAGUUCUGUUGCCAGGGCAAUGAGACUGGUAGGGUGCGGCGGCCAAGCUUGUGUUGGACCUGGUUGGACCCGGUCACCCGGGUCGGUGGAAGAAUGGACACAGCACAAGGUACAUGGUUGCAGACUUGCAGGGUGCUAGGUCACGAGUGGCGAGCACGUGUCAUUAGCUCGACCGCCCUGCUCCAGACCUCGGCAGCGUGCUGUGUCGCUAACUGUGUCAUGACCUGGCGUGUGGCCGUGCAUAUUGUGUGACGGAGUGGUUUGGGCGUGGUUUUGGCGAGUGGGAAGAGGGGAACAUGCCCGAGGUUGGU